GCUCAACUAAAACACUACAUUCAAACUCGCCUUCACGUCCGCGGGAAAACCGCUGUAAGCUUCGCUCUCUAAUGGUCCCGAUCCACGCUUCAUUUGCAUGAACUCUGACUAACAAAUUAGGAUCCUUGGUUCCGUUCGAGUCCUGUACCGUCCUCGGCCUGACUGACAUAAGCUCGAUCGUGCACCUACCAUCUUUCCCUAUAGCCUAACGGCUUUCUAGCUUCUUCUGCGUUCUGUUAAUGCAUGCCGGUCUUUUUCGCGUGUUCGAUGCCUCCAAGUAUCCAUGAUCGAGGCACAGCCCACCUGGCUCGGAAAAGCUGUGCCCACCUUGCAGGCCAUUCUCGACACACAUCAGCUCCCCACCCGCAUCGCGCGCCCGGCCAUGGCCGAUAAUGCCAAUCGUCUAACACAGCAGACUCAAGCUUCUCCAUCCCAACCACAGCUUAAUGCAGCAUAUGAAGAGGCAGCAUCGAUUGCCACAGAGCAUCACAAUACAAGCAGCGAUUAUAUUCCCCGCCCCAAGCGUAUCGCAUGCGUACUUUGCCGAAGGAGGAAGUUAAGAUGCGAUGGAAACAAACCCAGUUGCGGGAGAUGCUCUCGGUUGGGUCAUGAAUGCAUAUUCGAUGAAGUGCGCAAGAAAAGCGGUCCCAAGCGGGGUUACGUGAAGCAGCUAGAAGCACGUCUGGCCCAGGUCGAAACACUACUCAAAAGUCAGGGAGCACAAGUACAGCAAAGUCAGGGCAAUAGUCCUAUUGCCUUACCCUCAAACAAUUCGACUGGCGUGCCCGACACCUCUCCCCAGGAUGAUGUCCAUAUGUCAUCUCCGGAAGGAGAGACUGAUCCUACUUAUUCGACUCCCGCAUCAAAUCAUGCAGGAACAGCAAGCGCCAAUGAACCAGAAGGUAGAUUGAUAGGCCUGGGGCUGGAAGAACCCCUACCCACGCAGGAGGUUAUUGAUGAGCUGCAAGUUUUCCUCCCCACAACUGAGAUCUUUAUCCACCUUCUAAUCAUGUACAGGACCACGAUAUACUUCGAGAAGAUACAUCUGCGGCUUCCCAUGAUACAUCGCCCAAGGUAUCUGGCAGCUUCGAGCCUUGCUCCUGCCUCACGACCCCCUAUAUGCUUACAGUACAUAAUGUGGUGUCAUGCGGCGUCUGUCACCAACAAGUACUCCAGUCUUCACAGUAUUUUUUACCAGCGGGCUCGUAAGUACGCUGAACUAGACGAGUUGGAAGGUCUUGGCGAGCGUGCGUUGUCUACCGCACAUUGUCAAACCUGGGUGCUCAUCGGCACAUACGAAUUCAAAAUGAUGUUUCUUCCUCGAGCGUGGCUAAGUGUCGGGAAGGCUGUCAGACUGGCGACUAUGCUAGGUUUAAAUGGUAUAGACGAAGAGGGUAUCAACGUCAAACAGACAUUGCCGCCUCCCAAAGACUGGUCUGAGAGAGAAGAGCGAAGGAGGGUAUUUUGGAUGGCGUUUUGUCUUGAUAGAUACGCAAGCGUCGGUACUGGAUGGCCUGUCUCGUUUGAUGAGAGAGAUAUUUUCACGAACCUUCCUGCAUCAGAGGAAUCAUUUAUCGGCAACGAACCGCAACAAACCGGUCGACUCGCAGACGUACUGGUAACCGGGAAUAUUGCUACGAUGUCAACAUUUGCAGGAAUCGUGAUAUUAGCUUGCAUGUUCGGAAAGAAUGUAGCACAUCUGCAUCGACCUGAUCCCCAAGACAAUGAUCAUGAUCUCAAUGGCAGGUACUGGCAGCGGCACCGUGCCUUUGAUAAUCUUCUACUUCAUUUUGCCCUCUCCAUGCCAAGUCAUCUGCGACUGACAGUCUUAACGACCGAUCCAAACAUCAUAUUCUGCAACAUGGCUGUCCACACAGCAACGAUUUGUCUACAUCAAGGGGCGAUAUUCAAAGCUGAAAAGAAUAGAAUGCCGGAACAGAUUGCCACUGAGAGCAAGCGACGAUGUAUAUUAGCUGCCGAUCAAAUCUCCAACAUAAUGAAGAUGAUCAGUCAUCUGGAUCUAAGUGUUAUGGAUCCAUUUAUGGCUUUUUGUAUAUACGUGGCUGCGCGCGUUUUCAUCCAAUACCUGAAGUUUCGCCCCAAUGACUCCGCUGCACGUUCAUCUCUCCAAUUUGCCUUUUCUGCACUCGAUGUCUUGAAACAAAAGAAUCCACUGGCUGAAUCAUUUGUGAUCCAACUUGAACUUGAUAUCGGUGGGACUGCCUUUGGAGAUGUUCGGACUCCGAAAAGGAUGUGCUUCGCGUCCCAUAUACCACAUACUAUGGCUGGCGCGAGCAAUCCACAGAAUGCAAACCAACCAAGAGUUCAGGCCGAUAAUUCAAUCCCAGAUCACCAUCAAAGCACUUCUGGACCCACACCCACUGCACAUGCAUAUCAACAGACUACCACUGAGAUGCCACCAGGCCGACCAAGCACAGCGAUUCAAAACGGCACCAAUACCUCCAAUCACGCAGCACCGACCAGAAAGGGCAAUCCUAUAUCAAAUCUGGAUACGCACAUGCCUCCUACAUCCAACGACAAUGCCAACACCAAUCAGUCAACCAAUUCCAUACGUUCACAGCUAGCUUCCACUCUGAACAACCUCAACAUGGGACCAACGACAUACCCCUCCUCAGCACAAGCCCCUAUUCAGCCAGAUGUGUUCUACCCCAAUGUCUUUGCUCCGUUCCAAUACGAAUCCGACACCUCCUUUCCCAAUCAGCCAACUCAGCUUGAUCCGACGAGAUCCGAAAACCCCCUCACUACUGAUUCUGCGUGGACUACCUCAGAGAACCCUAUACCUGACCUCAGCGAUGAAAAUCUAGUCAAUAAUCCGCCUAAUGGCCCCGAAGCUCUCAGCGACGCUCAGUGGGCAUUACUCGCCUCGGGGGCCUGGAAGUCGUGGCAAGGGUUGAAUUUUAUGUCUUGAGCUUCAGCUUGGGAAUGGAAGCAGUGAGCUCUUUGCGACAAAGUGGCUGGUGAUGUGAUCUACGAUAUAUAGAUGAUUAAUGAUUGAUGCUGAAUAUGCUGUGGGCUCUUUUUCUUCGAAAAUCGUAUUGAGCGUAGCACGUUUACAUCUCCUUCGCAAUAUCCGCGAACCAAACAGAGUAUAUCAAACCAGCAUAGGAAUGGACUCUAUACAAGACAUGCAAUACAAUGCUUAAUAUCUACCGUAGACAUCAUAAGCUCAAAUAAACAUCCAACGCACCAAACGCCACACGAC